AUGGCCGCGAAGAACAGCAAGCUCGCCGCGCAGUUCGACGCCGACGCCUCCACCUCCGGCGCGGCCGCCGGGGGUCUAUUCGCUGGCGUCUCCAUCUUCGUCGACGGCUUCACGGUCCCUUCUAGCCAGGAGCUGAAAGAGAUUAUGCUGAACAAUGGAGGCCGGUUUGUCAACUACUUCUCCAGGCACACGGUGACACACGUUGUUUGCAGCAACCUGCCUGAUAGCAAAAUGAAGAAUCUGAGAGCAUUCAGCAAGGAACUUCCUGUUGUGAAGCCAGCAUGGGUGGUGGAUUCCCUGGCAGAGAACCGGCUCCUCAACUGUGCUCCUUAUCAAAUAAAUCAGAAUAGUUCUUCAAGCCGAAAGCAGAUGAAGCUUUCUGCUUUCUUUUCUGAGAAACAAAAUGAAAUGCGUCACAAGGAAGGACAAAACAACCAAAGUAAGGAUAUUGAGUUCCAAUCUUCGUCUGCUCAGGAGGGAUCACAGUAUCAAAGUGGGGAUUGUGAAAGUGAAGCUUCAAUGGAUAAUUUGGAGUUAUCAAAGGACUCGUUAUCCUCGGAUGAACAGAAGGCAUCAGCAUUUGAAGAAAGAGAGAGCGGAGAUUUCACAGUUGAUGAGGGUGAAUAUGAUUGUGAAACUGCCUGUUCAGAGAGCCAUAAUGACACAGAUGAUAACCUUUGUGUGCCUCAAUCCCCUGAUGCAAAGUCAAGGUGUUCAAAUUUAUGCAGUACAAGCUCUACAGGCAGUCAUUUGUCCUUGCCAUUGGAGAAAAGUGCAGCUAAACCUUCUGGCCGACCACAUUCAACCCUAACAGAUCAAAAUUUUGUUGAGAACUAUUUCAAGGAUUGCUUUUUUGUGUCUGUCGUCAUCAGAAAUAUUCCAGACCUGCAUGAUAAACCAGUAGCAGUUUGCCAUUCGGACAAUCCUAAAGGAACAGCAGAAAUAUCGUCUGCAAACUAUCCGGCUCGAAAUUAUGGGAUAAAGGUUGGCAUGUUUGUUAGAGAUGCUAAAGCUCGGUGCCCUCACCUAAUGAUCGUUCCUUAUAACUUUGAUGCAUAUGAGGAGGUUGCUGAUCAGUUCUAUGGUAUUUUGCACAAACAUUGCAGUAAGGUUCAGGCUUUGAGUUGUGAUGAAGCUUUUUUGGAUAUGACUGAAUGCUUACAUGACAAUCCUGAGGAAGUAACACAGAAAAUAAGAAGUGAGAUUUUUCAUGCAACAAAGUGUACUGCUAGUGCAGGUAUUGCAGAAAACAUGCUCCUAGCUCGGUUAGCUACCAGAUCUGCAAAGCCGAAUGGACAAUGUUUUAUUCCCUCUGAAAAGGCUGAUGAUUAUCUGAGUAGUCUCUCUAUCAAAGCACUUCCUGGCAUUGGUCAUACGGUUUCAUCAAAACUGAAAAGCAAAGAAAUUGAAUAUUGUGGCCAACUUCGCAAUGUUCCAAAGGAUGCCCUCCACAAGGACUUCGGAAAAAAGACUGGUGAUCUUUUAUGGAAUUAUUGUAGAGGAAUUGAUCAUUCAGUUGUUGGAUCUGUUCAGGAAACAAAAUCUGUGGGUGCUGAAAUCAACUGGGGAGUCAGAUUUAAUGACAACAAAGAUGCUGAGCAUUUUCUUACCAACCUCUGCAAGGAGGUUUCUCUACGCUUGCAGGGGUGUGGAGUUCAGGGACGUACUAUUACCCUUAAGGUGAAAACAAGAAGGGAAGGUGCUGGGGAACCAAUAAAGUAUAUGGGAUGUGGUGAUUGUGAAACCACGAGUCGUUCUAUGACGAUUGCAGGUACAACUGACAGUUUUGUCACUCUUAAGAGAAUUGCAAAACAAUUAUUUUCAGCUCUUCGUCUUGAUGUGAAGGAAGUUCGUGGAAUUGGACUGUCACUGUCAAAGCUUGAGCAUGCAGAUUUGGGUCGGGGAGCACUGCAAGGAAAUAUGCUUGAAUCAUGGCUUGCUUCACCAGCUGCGAAGCUCAAGAAACACCACAGUGAGAUGCCGGUGAAUGUUGAUGUUGCAGGGACUAGUGGACUGCAGGAUUUGAGAAGAUCUGGACCAUCACAUACAGCAGAAGUGAACCUUAGAAGUGAUAGGUCUACUGUAGUUCACAAUGUCGAGCUGCCUCCAUUAUCCCAACUUGAUUUGGAGGUCCUGAAGAACCUUCCCCCAGAGAUAAUGUCUGAAAUGAAUGAAAUGUACAAGGGAGAAUUACAAGGUCUUGUGGACACCCUCAAUAGUGAUAAGGGCAAGGAAAAUAGUUCAAAAUCUCUUGCUUUGCCAGCAGUUACUCGUAAUUCUGUACCUGGUGAUGCAAAGCUUCAAGGAUACAGAGACCACGAACACUCCAUGCAUUCAGAGUAG